AUGGCUCCCAAAUAUAGGGACGGAGAUGCCGUCGUGGCUCUCAAUGGCAAAUGGAUUUCUUAUGCACAUACUCUUUUCGCGGCAGCCGCAUUCCUCGGCGCCUUCGUCGUGGGCGUCCAAUUGCACUUCCACAAAAUCGUGCAAAACGAGCAUUUCGGCUACCCUGACGAAUGGUUUCCCUCCGUGUCCGCGACUAUCGGCGACCGGUAUCCUGAACGCUCGGUCUUUCAAGUAUUCAUUGCAAUUACUUCCGGCCCCCGUUUCGCUCUCGUUUUCCUCUGGUAUCUUAUGACCGCGCGGCCCGGCUCGACACUGCCUAAGAUUGUUGCUGGUACUGGUGUGUUUAGGACUUUGACAUGCGGCGGUUGGACUUAUGUGACUUCGACGGACGACCACGACUGGCAUGACAUCUUCAUGAUCUCGUACUUGGUCGCUACACUGCCAUGGACACUCGGCUGCCUGGCUCUGAGCCCUGCCAAUCGCCGCGCCGUCAAGUACCGGAAGAUCCUUGCUAGUCUCUUUUUUGGAACUCUAGUGCCGUUAAUUUACUACUUUAUUCAGCACAAAGUACACAAAGUUGCCGGAGCUUACACCAAAUAUGCGUUCUUCGAAUGGUCUUUGAUCAUUUUCGACGUUGGAUUCGACGCAAUAACCGCCCUCGAUUUUGACGCCUUUGAAUUAGUUGUGAGGGACGUGAAAGGAGUUAGCAGAGGACAACUCAAAACGACGGCAGACACAGUAAUUGAAAAAGAAAAAGAUAAGCCAAUUGGAAACACUUUUGGCAGGGGUUUCUUAUGGUCUGAAGCCAUCGAUAUUGCGGCCGACGUAUACAACGGGUUCUUAUUCUGGACCAAUCUGACUGCUAUGCCUCUUCUCGUGUGGUUCUUUCCGCUGUGGCAUAUGGGCAUCUCAGGCUAUGAAAUUUUCAUUAUUAGCACCGUGUCACCGCUGAUCAUGGCUAUCCCGUCUGUACGAUCUUUGGUUGUGCGUAACAACACUCUCAUUCAUUUCCUGCCCAUCUCAGGACUGUUGGCUUUCCUUGUUCAGGAUCCGGUUUACCGUCUCUUUACUUGCGGGUUCUCCGUCUUCACGGGCUCUCUUGCUUGGUCUGCAUCAUUCUAUGGCGAUCGAGCUCAGACUGUGAGAUUAGAAUCUCGGAUCUUCGCCUUUUCUGCCGGUCUUAUCAUGUCGAAUGUGGCAAAAUUCGCCUUUCAAACAAAUAACCCAUUGUGGCCGGUUAUGCAUGCUGAGAACGGCGGUUGGAACAAAUUAGGUCUUUUGUUUGCAGUUUUGGCUGCGGUUCGCUCUGCAAGACGGUCCUUUGCGCAAUCUUCUGUUAGCGGAGGUGACUAUUAUCCCCCAUCUGGUAAGAAAGGCUCGGCUGUUCUUGCAGGAAUUGGACUUGGAGGUCUCUUUUUCGGGAUGCAUUCGCUCCUGACGGAUUCGAGUACUAUGAUCAGUUGGGUCUGGGAAGGCUUUCCCAUUAGAGGACCGAUACAGGUUCCUCAUGGUGCUCUGACGAUUUUUGUCAUGAGUGUAGGAUUCCUAUUCGGCUUGUACAAUCCACGUGUAGCUGGCUCAUGGACAUCAUUCGGCAUUGGCUCUCUUGGAGCCGCGGUGCUUACCAACUACAGUCAUUGGUUUGGUUUCUAUGGUGGACUGGCUAUGGCUUUCUACCUCAUGGCUGUAACACCCGUUUUUAUUACUUCCGCUGUCCACCAUUCACCCGCUUCUACUUUCGGAUUGGGAUUCUGCGUGUGGGUUUUCUUGACCCUCUUCCAUGUCUGGGUCGUGGCGUACGCCUUCGUUCCUGGCGGUCCUCUUGUCCGUGAACAUACCGACUGGUUGAUGACCAUUACCAUGCUGUGCGUGGGCGCUGGAGUCUUCUCCAGCUCAGUGACGCAAAGCUCUGGUUCUCCAAAGAAGAAUUUCGUCAACCCGAACAGUCGAAGACAGCGGUCAUAUUAUGUUUACGCUCUUGCGGUUCUGCAGCUUUUUGCAGUGGCUAUUGCUUAUCUCCGGUUCCCAACAAAUGACUACACCCCUUACCACAGCAACGAUAAAGUUGUCACCGCUGGUAUUUGGACUAUUCACUUCUCCCUUGAUAAUGACAUGUGGUCUUCGGAACAACGAAUGAUCAACCUCAUUCGGGAGUCUGAACUUGACGUUGUUGGACUUUUGGAGUCUGACACGCAGCGAAUCAUCAUGGGCAACCGUGACUUCACCGUUCUCUUGGCCGAGGAGCUAGGUAUGUACGUUGACUUCGGCCCAGGACCCAACAAACAUACAUGGGGAUCCGCACUGCUUUCCAAAUUCCCAAUUGUCAACUCGACGCAUCAUCUUUUGCCCUCGCCGGUUGGCGAGCUUGCACCUGCUAUCCAUGCAACUCUUGACAUGUAUGGAGAGAUGGUGGAUGUUGUCGUAUUCCAUUCUGGACAGGAAGAGGAUCCCGAAGACCGACGACUGCAGUCACAAUAUCUAUCCCAACUUAUGGGUUCGUCACCGCGGCCAUUGAUAUUGCUAAGUUAUCUCGUGACGAAGCCUCUUGAAGGCAACUAUAACACAUACGUGAGCGAUGUGAGCGGCAUGAAGGAUAUCGAUCCUUCAGACUGGGAUCGAUGGUGCGAGUACAUUUUGUACAAAAAAUUGAAACGCACUGGCUAUGCAAGAAUUUCCAGAAGCACUAUCACAGACACUGAGCUUCAGGUUGGAAAAUUCGUCAUCGGCCAGCCUGAACCGGAAGACGAUAUCCGCAUUCCGGAGGAAAUGGUUCCAGAAGGUCAACGCUUCCCAGCCCUGUUCCGUGGCGAAGGUGUCCGUGGGCAUCGGUAUCAUGUGUUUGAUGAGCCUAGGUAUUGGCAAUAA